CGCGGACCUCCCGGACUGUUUGAAGUGCGGUAUCGUCUUGGGCUCACUGCAGACUGGACCCAGUCGUAGCGGAGAGAGUCCCGGGGCGCGAUGGCGGCCAAGGGGGUCGAGGUGGCGCGGAUCGCAAAAAAGCUGGAUAAGAUGGUGGCCAAGAAAAAUACGGGUGGGGCUCUGGAUCUGCUCCGGGAGCUGAAGAACAUGCCAAUAACCCUGGAGCUCCUGCAGUCCACCCAUGUGGGAAUGUCCGUGAAUGCGCUGAGGAAGCAAAGUAACGACAAUGAGAUCAUCACGCUAUCCAAGUCUCUUAUCAAGUCAUGGAAAAAGUUGCUGGACGGCUCGGAACAGCCUGGAAAAGAGAAGCUUCAGGUGAAACCCACCUGUUCGAAGGAGCUGGGCUCUUCCAAGAAAAUUGAGGUGCCAAAGACCACAGCCCCCUCAAAGAUGACACGUUUCCCCCCUCUGCCAGUCACUUCCGAUUCUGUGCGCACCAAGUGCAGAGAGAUGCUGAUCGCAGUGUUACAGACAGAUGGAGAUCACGUGGCUAUUGGGGCAGAUUGUGAGCUCUUGGCAGCACAGAUAGAGGAGGUGGUGUUUCGGGAGCUGCAGAACACUGAUAUGAAGUAUAAGAACAGGAUCCGGAGUCGCAUUUCAAACCUAAAGGAUUCCAAGAACCCGGAUCUUCGGAAGAAUGUGCUCUGUGGUAUCAUUACCCCUGAGCAAAUUGCUAUCAUGUCCUGUGAGGAAAUGGCCAGUAAUGAGCUGAAGGAGAUGAGGAAAGAGAUAACCAAGGCCUCCAUUCAGGAGCAUCAAAUGGGAAAGACUGGAGGAACCCAAAGUGACCUGUUCACCUGUGGGAAAUGCAAGAAAAAGAAUUGUACAUACACACAGGUACAGACCCGCAGUGCUGAUGAACCAAUGACCACAUUUGUCGUGUGCAACGAGUGUGGGAACCGCUGGAAGUUCUGCUAAUCAUUUCCAGGCCGGCCAGUGGGAAUCCUCCUUCCUAAAUGCGCAGAAUAUUUGGGUUUAUAACUUCCCCCCCCUGAAACCGCCAUCAUGCAGCAAAGACUUUGCUUCGGAAUUUGUUCAAAAAUAUGUAAAAUAGUUAUGUUAAAUAAACAUUUUUUUUGCCA